UAGCAUGAGUGAUUUAUGAGGCGCAACUGAUAAAGUUUCCCUUUAAAACCGCAGUUUUGUCUAAAAUUUCUUCAACCAUGGACGAUGAGAUGUUAACUGUAAAAACGAAAACUGCGAUUGAUAAGUUUUUUAAUUUAAACGGAGAGACGUAUAUGGAGAAGAAAAAAAGUUUAAAUGCGUUCGAAAAAACUUUGAGAUCGGAGUAUAGUUUUGGGGAAGUUCAAGAUUUCAUCAGCAAUUUAAUUACAACCACUGAAUAUGAUCGAAGUUUGAAAGCUGAAAUUAUAGUCCGUUUUCAAUUGGAUUUGGCGAUUAUAGAAACUUUAAAGUCGGGGGAUGAAGUCGGUAUUGGUAAAGUUUUAAAGAAUUGGGUAUUCUUUAAGAAUUUAUUUAAUAAAAUAAGUAUAGAUGAUUUUGUUGAUAAUUUUUUGCCACAAUUGUCUUAUAAAACAAGUAUAAAAGUUAUUAAAGUAAUCGGUAAAAAUUUAAGCGAUUCUGAAUUCGCGGAUAAUUUAUUUAAUAAGUUAGAAGAAAAAAUUGGGAUUAAAACAGCCACACUUUUAUUACAUAACUGCUCGCUUUAUCUGAUUAAAGAUAAAUGCUCCCAAUACAGAUUAAAAUUAUCUUCUCGAUGUUUAUUGUUAAUUUAUAAAAAUCACCCGUCGUUUAUGUUUUAUUAUUUCGAUUUAAUGAGUAAACAAAAACAGAGGCAUUUUACGCUUUCAAGUUAUAAGCAAGUAUUUAAAUAUAUCGCGAAAACAAACUUAAAAUUAUUUUGGGAGUUGUAUUCGAAGCAUCAAUUUUACAUCAAAAUUGGAAAACGUCGAGCAAAAAAGCUUCUUCCCACUCAAGAAGUGAUGAUCAAGUACGGGUUUGAACACAAACAUCUUUUUAAAGGGAAACACAUCGUAAAUGCAGCCAUGAAACUUAAUCUGCAUAAAGAAUUAAUUUUUAAAUCUUUUCCCGACGAUUUAAACGUUUAUAUCAGAAACAGUAUUAAUCCCCACACCACGUCAAAUAUUCUUUAUAUGCCUAAAAACCAAAUAUUUCCUUUGUUGCAAGAAUUGUUUGAAAGAAAAUAUAAGGAAGAUUUUCGAAAUUACGUUUCAUUAAUGAGCUGUGAUUUUCUUAGGUUUGUUACAAUUAAUGAAAGGGAGUAUAUUUUAGAUAGAAUAAGUGAUAAUAAAGAGAAUUAUUUAUGUUAUUACCCGAUAAAUAGAUCGAUUCCUAUUUUGAAAGAUAAAUUAAAGAGUGCUAAUGAUCCAACGACACGAUUAAAAUUAAUUUGUGCCCUUUAUGAAACUUGCAAUGUAAAUAAGAGUGCGAAAAGUUUGUUGGAGGUUUUAAAGUUUGUGUAUGAUCGGUAUAAAAAUGAUACGACAGCUUUGGAUAAAGUUUUGGGUAACAUCGUAAAAACUUGGAAAGAUUAUAGCGAAUUUACACAAGAACAUUGGGAAAUGAUACAGAGUGUUAUAGAGUAUUUAGGGCAUUCGGGAGUUUCCGCGAAUUGGGAUCAUUUUUUUCAAAGGCGUUUUAUGUGGCUGAUUGAUAAUAAUAAAUCAUAUCAAAGCUUAAUGGACGAGUAUAUGGAGAGGUGUAUAACUCGAAAAAGCUUAGGUUGGAAUUAUUAUUUUAAUAAGUCUUUGAGACACAUGAAAAUAUUUAUUGAAGAAAUUCAUAAGCGAUUACCCGAAAACGAUUACAAUUUCUAUUUUUAUUUAUUACACCUCGUAGUGGAGUUCGAUAAAAAAUUCCCUAACGAAAUUAACAUCUUAGAUUUCGCUUACAUCUUAGAAUAUGGCAUUAAACACGGUCGAAAUCAACAAACUAAUCACGAAUUUUAUUUCAUUAAAAACUACAAUAAAGAUGGAUCGUUUAAUAACUACAUUAAAUAUUUUGACCAACCUUAUCACAUCGAACCAAAAAUUGUGCUAUAUUGCCUUAAAAAUUGCCCGGAAGAAUUAGAUAAUUUCCAUAACAUCCACAAAAAAAUGAACCGGAUUAACAACAAAAUUCGACACUUUUUGCUAUGCCCUUACUUCGUAAAGAAACACCUCCCAGCUUAUAACAAAUUGUGUCUUGAACAGCUCGAAACCGCCGGGACAAACAUCGAAGUCGUUUUGAUCCAUUUCUUUUCGUACGACGAAAAAUUCGGCGAAAUAAUCCCCAAAUUUUUACCCCCCGAAAAUGCGAAAAUCGAGCCAAAAACCGACAACACCCACAUAUCAAAACAACAAGAAAUCAUAAAAUAUAUCCCUCAAAUACCCACACCACUAAACAUGGAAUUAAUACGAAUAUUUUGUAAAGGUGAUUAUUUAAAAUUCGCUUUAGGAUCGCUUUAUAAAAUCGCGUAUAAAAUUCCGCAAAAUCUCCUCCCGGAAUUUUUACAAAACAUUUUCGAAGCUGCAGUUUCCGUGAAAAAACACGCCCUAUAUUUAGGGAGACAUCUACUUCCUGUUAAUUUGUAUUACGAUUUCUUAGUUUCAUCGAGUCAAUUAGAAACGAAUUUAUCAAUAAGAAACAUUUUAUUAAAAAAAAUCAUCGAGUACUUUAUAGAAAACGUCGAUGAAAAAUUUUUUAAUCUAUUUAUAACAAAUUUAGAAAAAAUCGACAAAAACGAUAAAGAUUUAUACGAUUAUCUAAUCGAUUAUUCAAAAAUACCCCAAGAAUUUAUUUCAAAAUACAUCACCGCAAUUUAUGAUAACAUAAUGAGCAACGAAAACGAAGAUAUCGUCGAUAAAGGAUAUUAUUUAAUGGAUGAUUUGCCUGAUCACGUAAUGAACGAAUUAAGCAUUGAUUUAAUGGAACGAUACAUUAAAACCGUUGAUUUAAACACAAAUAGAUUUCUUAAUAAGUGUUUAUUUCACACCACCGGAGAAAAACAUUCUAAAAUGUACGAGUUUAUCAUGAAUUUAAUUAAUGAGUUAUUAAAAAAAUACGUCCCUACAAACAAUGAAUUGAGGAAAGAAAUUACAACUGUAAUUUCAAACAUUACAGAUUACGCCACUUGUUGUAAUAACAUUAAAAUAAUUGAAAACCUCAACACUAUCUUUAAAUCCAACGUCCAACACACUCUUAUUACGACGAAAUUUAAAUUGGAAUUUAAUUUAAUAUUUUUGCAAUCUAAAAAGGAUCCUAAGAAAUUCGCCGAAAACAUCAAACCUCAUUUAUUAGAAACUAUCGAAAUAUAUACGUCCAAAAUGAUCGGAUUUUAUAAGAAGACUUUACACUAUUUCAUAGGGUGCUUACAACAAUUUGAUAAAUUCUUAUUUAUUCGUAACUUUUUUAAUGAUGGUAACGAAAAUGCGAUCGUUUAUUUGAUUGUAAUUGGUUUGUUACCGUCUAAUUUACCAACUGAAAGAAAUAUUUUUGUAAAUUAUUUACCGAUUUUAGAAAAAUUGAAAUUAAGUGAUGAUCCUAAAGUUAUAGCUGAGUUAGAUUUGUAUUUCCAAAAUGUUAAUUGUAAUUCUUAAUAAAAAAUGUUAUUA